AAGCUGUCGAGCACAACAGUGAAAAACGCGUCCCAUUUCCUGGCCAGUAAGCACAGAACUGAGGGGCUAAAGAUUUUAUGGUUUCUAUUUCUUUAUUUAGUUAGUUCUCAUGCUGUUUUUUUUUUGUGUGUGUGUUGUCGUUGUUGUUGUCGUCUCCUCUCUCUCCCCGCGCUUGCCUGCUCAGGGCUGAUUGUCGUGACCUUGGCCGUCUGCUGGAUGCCAAACCAGCUUCGGAGGAUCAUGGCUGCGGCCAGACCCAAGCGCGACUGGACGAGGUCCUACUUCCGGGCGUACAUGAUCCUCCUCCCCUUCUCGGACACGUUCUUCUACCUGAGCUCGGUGAUCAACCCGCUCCUGUACAACGUUUCGUCGCGGCAGUUCCGCAGGGUGUUCGCCCAGGUGCUGCGCUGCCGCCUGUCGCUGCAGCACGCCAACCACGAGAGGCGCCUGCGCGCCCGCGCGCUCUCCACGGCGGGCACCCCGCGCUCCAUCCAGCGCCCCCUCCUCCGGCGGGCCUCCUGGCGCGGGGCCUCGGCCAGGCGGCCCACCCAGGCCUUCCUGAGCACUUUUCAGAGCGAGGCCAAGCCCGAGUCUCGGCCCCAGUCACCAGAGCCCAACUCCGGGACGAAGCCAGCCGGUGCUGCCGCAGAGAAUGGUUUUCAGGAGCACGAAGUUUGAAUGUCAAGUUAGGAAGCCUUCCGCGGGAGCCGGAGGUCCUCCCUGCAGGAGAGCAACAUCAUCACACGGUGGUCACAAAAUCAGCGGGCCCCCUGUUGAGGACAGAGUGGACACUAGAGGCUUCGGAAAAGGCAGAUGCCUCGACUUCUAAGGGCUGAUUCUGCCAGCCUAGCCUUGACUCUUACAUGGACUUGAGGGGGUGAACUUGAGCUCCACCCGCUUCCUUCAAGGACAUACUGAAAAUU